AUGGGGAAUACGGAGAGUAAUGUCACCAGUGGAGUGAAAAAACAGGCUGGAGUCUCCACCCAGGCCCUCUACAAAUUCGUGAAUCUCAAGGGCGGUGGUCUGCUGGUGGACAUGAUGAAGAGGGCCUGUCAGACCAAACAGUUUGCGGAGAUCGAUCACGCCAUCAAGACCAAAGUGGAGCCCUUUCUCUACAACAAGGGCGCUGGUCGGUAUUUUCCCAUCUCCAAGCUUGUCCUUCUGCGGAAUCGCGACCGUCCCAGGACACGCCAGCUACCCGAAAUUCGGGCCUUGGAAAAUCCCGAUGACGACUUCAAUAUCCACGACUACUGUCCGGAGGUCUCAGAGGCGGAGUACAUCUCCAAUCCCACAGCCUAUCGUUUUGUCUGCUGGGAUCUGAAUAUGCGUGGUGCUGUGGGGGAAACUAUUCUACACUUGUGUCUGUUGAACGCUUCGUCCUUGCACGCCGAUCUGGCCAAGAGGCUGCUUAAGUUUUACCCAAAACUGAUCCUGGAUAUAUACAUGAGUGACGAGUACUACGGGGAAAGUGUCCUUCACAUAGCAAUUGUUAACGAAGACCCUGCCAUGGUCAAGUAUCUGCUAGAUGCCAAUGCUGAUGUCCAAGAGAGAUGUUGUGGCGCCUUCAUGUCGGCGGAGGACACCAAGUUCUCGCGUACAGAUGUCCCAGAACACGAGUACGUGGCCCUCUGUCCAAUGACCAACUACGAUGGCUAUGUCUAUUGGGGGGAAUAUCCAUUGAGCUUUGCUGCCUGUCUGUCGCAGGAGGAGUGCUUCCGUUUGGUCCUCGCCCGCGGAGCAGAUCCCGAUUUCCAGGACACCAACGGCAACACGGUGCUCCACAUGCUGGUCAUCUACGAAAAGAUAGAAAUGUUCGAUGUGGCCUAUGAAGUGGGUUCCAAUAUCCAUGUCAAGAAUAUCCAAAAUCUCACACCUCUGACCCUGGCCGCCAAGCUGGGCCGGGUGGAGAUGUUCUUCCACGUGAUGAGCAUCGAGAGGGAAAUCUAUUGGCAAUUGGGGAGCAUCACCUGUGCCGCAUAUCCUUUGCUGAUGAUCGACACCAUAAACGAGGAGACGGGUAACAUUAACAAGGACUCGGUGCUUAAUUUUGUGGUUUUCGGAGAUAAGCUGGAGCAUUUGGAACUGCUGGAUGGUGUGGUCAUUGAUCUCCUAAAGACCAAAUGGGAUACAUUCUGCAAAUCGCGAUUCUACAAGCAGUUCUAUAUGUUUGCCUUCUACUUUCUGAUCUCGCUGUUUAGUUUCAUCCUGCGUCCUGGUCCGGAUGCCAAGGACGAGGAUGAUGAGGAGGGCAACAGUACUACGGUUAAGAAUGAUUUGUAUAGACAGAAUAGCUCGGAUUCCCUACAUCAUCACACCAAGAGGGGUUCACAAACUACCGAAUACAAGACCUUUUGGCUCAACUUUACGGAGUAUUAUGAUCCCAACGAGGUGGAGGUUCUACCAGCCUGGUGGGAGAGCUAUGCCCAGUGUCCUUUGAUGAAUCUGGAAUCCGAUUUGGCGAAACUACGUAUAAUGGCUGAACUAAUCAACUUUGUGGGAGCCAUACUAUAUCUUCUAGUGGCCUUGAGAGAGGCUCGUUUUUUGGGCUAUAAAAUGUUUAUAGAGAAUUUGAUGACAGCUCCUUCGCGUGUCAUGUUCUUGUUCUCCUGCGCCCUGAUGAUGACCAUUCCCUGGCUGAGGGUUUCUUGUCUCACCGAAAUCGACGAUCAUGUCACCGUUUGUAUAAUGCUAACCACUGCUCCCUAUUUUCUAUUUUUUUGUCGUGGCUUUAAAACUGUAGGUCCUUUUGUAGUGAUGAUAUACCGCAUGGUCAUGGGAGAUCUGCUCCGAUUCGUCUCCAUUUAUUUGGUGUUUGUAAUGGGCUUCUCUCAGGCCUUUUAUAUAAUAUUUCUAACCUUUGACAACCCAUCGACCCCCGAGGAUCAGGAUGCAGAGUCCAAUCCAAUGCCCUCGCCCAUGGAAUCGAUUGUGGCCAUGUUUCUGAUGUCUCUUACCAAUUUCGGGGACUAUUAUGGCGCCAUGGUGUCCACCCAGCACGAGUACGAGGCAAAGAUCCUGUUUUUCCUGUUCAUGGUGAUUGUGAGUGUCCUGCUGGUGAACAUGUUGAUUGCCAUGAUGGGUAACACUUACCAGAAGAUUGCCGAAAUUCGCAACGAAUGGCAGCGCCAAUGGGCCCGCAUCGUCCUGGUGGUGGAGAGGAGUGUCCCACCCGCCGAACGCCUCAAGAACUUUAUGCACUACAGCCAGUCCAUGUCCGAUGGGAGGAGAGCUCUGGUCCUGCGACUAAAUAUGAGUGACGAAGAAAAGGAGGAAAUGAAGGAAGUCCAGGAAAUGAAACGCAUCCAUCAGAGGUUCUCCAAAAAGAGGCAAAUGGAAAGGGAGAUCCGGGCCCGUCGCCGUCAACAGGAAUACGAAAAGUUCUUUGGGACAGCCCCGAAAUCGGAGAGUUCCGAAAACAACAACUUUUAA